CGUCCUUAGAUUUUAUCAAAGAUGGCAAACAUUUCUGAUAUAAUGGGAUUUUCUGCGUCUGUGAAGAGGUUUAUGCAGAGACGAAGAUACAAGAGGCUUGACAAGUUUAACGGUGAAAAAAGGCGGCUAACAGCAAUUAAGCUGGGCGGGCGUAAAGGAAGGCUACUUUGGAAGCUCAAAUUUGUGCCAAAGUUGAAGCUUAGCUAUACUAAACUUGCACAAAAAUUUUCUGCAAAGUCAUGGCUUAGAAAGUUGAGAGAUUCAUAUGUGAAUAUGAUGUCGAAUCCUGAUCAAUCCAGAUUUAAACAGACACCCAAAAAGACGAGGGUUGAAGAAUUCAACAAUAAGUUGAUUACUGAGAUUUACAAGUCGCUUGGAGUACAGGUUAUGAUCUUGCCAGACUCGGCCACCACAGCUCACCGUCAGUUAAUCUGAGAACAAUUUAUGAUGUAAUUGGUUUCAGAAUGUAUAUGGGAGGUUUAUAUUCUCUCUGCACAUCUGUAUCUGAGAGGUUUAUUUCCUCUCUGGAAUUCUUUCGCCUUCCACUUAUGUGGGCUUAUUUUUAUUUGUUUUACCGAAAAUCUGAACGCUUCAGUUUGGAUGAAGAUGUAUGAUCAAGCUUUCCUUAUCAAGAUAAUGCAAAGAUAGUUUUC